AUGAGUUACGAUAGAGCCAUAACAGUUUUCAGCCCAGAUGGUCAUUUAUUACAAGUAGAGCAUGCCCUAGAAGCAGUUAAAAAAGGAGGGUGUGCAGUUGCAAUAAAAAGCACAAAUUUCGCUGUUUUAGCUGUUGAAAAAAAGAAUAUUCCAAAAUUGCAAAAUCCAAGGACAACGGAAAAAUUGAUUAAACUUGAUGAACAUAAUUGUUUGGCUUUUGCUGGAUUAAAUGCGGACGCAAGGGUUUUAGUAAAUAAGACCCGUCUAGAGUGCCAACGAUAUUAUUUGAACAUGGAUGAACCUGCCCCUGUUGAUUAUAUUGCUAAAUAUGUGGCAAAAAUUCAACAAAAAUUUACUCAUAGAGGUGGCGUAAGACCAUUUGGAAUAGCAACUCUAAUAGCAGGAUUUAAAAAUAACAAAGAAAUUUGUAUUUAUCAAACAGAACCUAGUGGCAUUUAUGCAUCAUGGAAAGCUCAAGCUAUUGGAAAAAAUGCAAAGGUUGUACAGGAAUUUUUAGAAAAAAAUUAUCAUGAAAAUAUGGAAAAAAAUGAAUGCCUUCUUUUAGCACUAAAGGCUAUAUUUGAGGUUGUUGAAUUAAGCAGUAAAAAUGUAGAAGUUGCUCUACUUACAGAAGACGCAUUAAAUUUUAUUGAUGAACAACAAAUUAAUUCAUUGGUGGAAGUUAUUGAUAAUGAAAGAACAAAGAAGAUCUCCCAAAACGAAUAA